AUGGCUGACUUGGUUGACUUGGCAAAUGCUGAGCUUAAAUCAAGCCCCAUAUUCCUCCUCGAGGAAAAGGUGGCAUACGACCAUGUCCGUGGGUUCAGCAUGACCUACGCGUUUAUCACCUCAGUAUAUCUAAAGUGCUUGGAUGAGUUCAAAAGAGAUAUGAUGGCCUGGGAUACGUCGUUGUCUGAUUUGACGCUUCAGAACCGGCCAUCGCCCGCGACGGCACCUGCUGCGGAGCCGAUAAAUAAAGAAUGGACGCUCCAGUACUUGGCUGAGACAACGACUGAGAACAGGGACACACAGUACUAUCAGUACCUGCUGAAAUUGUGUAGUCUUCGCAAGCUUCCGAGAGGCUCCGGUCCCUCCUCUGAGGAGAUUCCAUCAAACCCACUGUUGGAGCCCUUUAAAUUUGUUGAUACCAACGAGGGCCUUAUGGAGUUUCUUUCGGCCCUUGAAAACUCGCCGAGGGGCACAGAUACCAACCCCGAAUACUUCCGUGACUGUGAGGGCUGGAAUCUGUCUCGCAUAGGGGCUUUAUCCCUCUUUCAGAUCUACAUUAGAUCAUUAGGCCAGACGUGGGUCUUGGACGUAACUGUCCUAGAUACGCGAACCUUUGAUACCAUAGCGCUGGCCCUGAGCCAUGCUCAUUACGCCAGAUACUGGAGGAUGCCUCAACACCUAUUAUAUUCUUUGACGUCCGGAAUGAUUCGGACGCACUCUACCAUCACCAUGGCGUCUACCUGCAAGGAAUCAUUGACCUGCAGUUAA